AAUUACAAAAUUUAAAGAAACAUCGAUUAUUUGUCGAUUAUUCUUCAAACAAACAACACGAUGGUUGAAGGGUUGCCUUUUAAAAUAACGUCGUGCGACGAACCGAAAAGCUACGUCAGCAAAGACCAAGAUGGUGACGUCAUCUACAUAAACCGAAAUUGGAUGCGUAUGCUGCCAUCUGGCGGAGAGAAUUUUCUAAUGAUCCCAGCUUUAAAUGGAGAAGUGAACGCUGUUUCGUUCCAAAACCAAAGCGAUACGAAUUUAUUCUUACGUCACAAGGGGUUUAAAAUUUUGUUGGAAAAAUUUGCGGACGAGAAUGGGUUUAAAGAUGACGUGUCGUUUUAUCCACGUCAUAGUACCUAUUGUGAGACAGGAGUGAUGUACGAAUGUUGCAACAUACCAAACUAUUACGUCACAAUUGGUAGAUUCGGUUUAAUAAUCGCUAAUUUUGAAAACACGACGGAAGAAGUUGUUACUUUUCAACUAGAACUACAAAAGAAUGAAUAAUUGUAAAAAACAAUUAAAAUAGUUUUUCAAUAUUUACAGUUCAAUCCUAAUAUAAACAACUACUUAACAAAAUUAACAUUUUUUUUAAUUAUGUAAAAAAAUCUAGUCGCUUGGUGGCAGUAUGGCGCAGCAACAGCAGCGUCUCGCUCAUGUGUAAUAAAACCUAUUUAUUAUUAUUUAUAAAGUUUUAAUAAACUGUUUAUUGCUUUGUAUUAGAUUUGUUCAUAGACUGUCGUGUGCACAUAAUUACCAUGUUAAUAUUCGAUCGCAAUUUAUAAACAUAUUUGCACCUCAAUCAGAGUUUCUCAAACUUUUAUGAUUCGUCUCCUUUCAUAGACACCAACACCAGUCGCCCAAACUUCAACGAUAAUAUAUAGUAGGGUAGGGGAAGAUGGGACACCUGUUUAUUGUAUUUUCUC